GGUGUGCUCCUGUGGUAGACAGCUAAAAUAACCUGACUGAAUAUAAUUGAUAUAUAGUUGCCAAUCAAUGUGCUUCAAAUUGAAUAGUGAAAAUUGCUUGAACUCCCCCAAAACCUCAGCUCGAUAAUCUCCAACACUAGGAACUCUUCUUGCUAGCAUGUGGGACUUGUGCAGGUUUAUUUGGAAUUGUUGAGCUUUUCAAAAUGAAGAGAACUUACCUGUCUGGAAACCAGAAAAGAAAACAAGAAGAAGAGGAAACGAGGAAGCGGAACUCUGGUGUGACCUGCCAAGAGAAUGCCAUUAUAUCCACUUCCCCUAGCAUCAGCAAAGAAAGUAUUCCCAUCAUCAAGGCAAAUGUGCGUGGAGAUGCCAUUCCUCCAACACCACCAGUCCCAGGAGCGGGCAGUCCUCAACAUGCGGUUGAUUUUCCCAGUCUAACUGAUUCGUCUCCUACAGUGGAUGAGGAACAGACCACUGAGUCCAGCACAGGGGCAAAACCUAACGACAUGCACAUCACAUCAUCUCCACAGCACAUCAUUACUGCUGCAGAUUCCAGCCUCGCAGAGACUAGCAAAGUGGUGUGUGUGGAUGAAGCUGCAGUGAGAGACAAAGAUGCAGUGAAGCUGAAGCUGAAGACCGUCUCCAGCUGUGAGGAGAACAAGGCAAAGAUUCAGAGCAUUCUGGAACAUCUGUGUGGUGACAGCAGCAAGCUUGAAAUCUAUCAGAAGGACCACACUAAUGAGAUGAUCAUAUCUGGAGAAUGUGUAGAAGGUGAUGCCAAAGGAAUGACGGACAAGUUUGACAAUGAUAAUAUCAGAGAUAAGGUUGGGGUGGUAGAGGCAAACCCCAUCUUGGUGAAUCACUCUCAAAUCGUCCUGAUCUCAAUCCUCAUCACUGGUCUGCUACUGGCUGUUCUGCUCAUUGCUGCAUACAUCCUGAAAACCCGCCACUCAGAGGCCAAAGGAGCACGUCUGGCUGAAGAGUUGUUCCAGGUGGAUGAACAGAACCAAGGCAAUACUCUUUUGUCUGUAGUCCCACUGCCCCCUCAAGAACCAGUAGAAAAGCCCACCAGCAAUGGCGAGUCCUUAGAUUCACCCCCCACUAAUGGCCACUCAGCUACCCAAACACCAGUAGCUGAUUCUGAGAUGUAAACCCUGGCUCCAUCUGAUGUGAGGAAGGAUGGAAGAUUGACACCUCAAUUUACACAAUCCCAACCCCCUAUAAUAGAGGAUCUCAAUGAAGGUAUCAGUAAUGAAGACCAUAUUGAAGAUACGACGGUGAUAAUUGCAAGGGUAAAAUAUAAAGUGAAUGAAGUUAACAGUGAUAAUGAUGCCUCAACUUGUACUGUGAAGACACUGACCACUGGUUAAACCAGCCAUUUCCUGAGCCAGAGGAGAGCUCAGCAUCCAAUGCUGCCAAUGCUAGUAUAGGGAAAAUGCUUUAAAAAUGAAUCCUGGAAAAAAUAUUUUCCCAUUCUUCAUACUAUUACUACAUUUGAUGUAUCUUAUUACCUCUCUUGUGCAGCCAGUCUUAUACUGAAUUGUAACGCUCUAUUACAUGCUUAUAUUAUUGAAGAAGGAUUUCUAAAUGGUUAAGCAGGAUGAAACAUUUACUCAUUCAAAAUGCUGUCUUGUAAGCUUUACAUACCCAUGGGUUAAUCAAAUCUUUUAAAUUGGAUGUGUUUUAUUAGUUCUAAAAUAAUCUUGUCUUUAAAAGCAUAAAGUGAUACAGUGCAGUAUCUAAAAGUAAAGUUCUUUAAGGGUUCAUCAAAUAAAUAAGGGUUAUUUGCUUCCUAAAGGGUACCUAUUUGGGACCCUUUCUGAAAGGAAAUACUUUUUUUAGGGUUCUACAUUAACCUUUAAAAUUUCCCCAGUAGGGACAAAUGACAAACCCUUAAUGGUUUAAAUUUUCUAAGAGUGUAUUUAAAUUUUUAACGUAAGAUGGGUAUCAUAUUUGACCUUAUCAAGCCUUUUGACCAAACCAAACCUCGCAAAGAUGACAAUACAUACUGAUUAGGACAGCACAGCAUAGACAGAGAGAAGCAUUGGUUCGUGGUCUUCUUCUUUUUACUCUUUGGUUAACAAGUUUAUUUGCAUAUAUUGUACUGCAAAAUGAAAGGAUGCAAUUUCGGGAAGACAUUCAGGCACUAACUGAUGGUGGCAGUCCCUGAAAUGAAGACUAAUUCCUCAGCAGCUCAUUGCCAGCUGGCAUGAGUGAGAUAUAGUGAGGAACAGGAUCAGUCAAUUCACUGCUUUUUACGUAUGAUAGUUCCUUUUCCUAGCCAUCUGUUAGCAUUGAGGGAUUUUCUAUAGUUUUCUAUAGUACAUUUACAAAUGUUUAGUUAUGUUUAGAGUAAUCUUUGUUUUCAGAGCAAAUAAAUGCUUUACUUUAAACCAAAUAAGACUAUUGUGAAAGGCAGACUUCAGUCAGCCAAGCAGUCAGGUAUUCUUUUAAGUAAUGUAUUUUUGUACUUUACCUCUUUAUAUUGCCUGUGUGUAAUUGUUAUGGUUGCUGCGUUAUGCAUUAAACCUUAGCUAUAUGUCAUGGAACAAGUGAUUUUACAACUAUGACCUCUUUUGUGUGUGUGUGUGUGUGUGUGUGUGUGUGUGUGUGUGUGUGUGUGUGCAUGCACUGCCAGCAACCAGCUCAGGAUAAAGCAGGUCAAAAGACCCACAUUCACAAGACUAAACAUUAUUUCAGUUGGUAUCUUGGCCACCAGACUCUGAGUAAUAACAAUGCACUGGCUAAGAGCCACAGCUGUGAUGUGAAGGACUCAGGAGAUUAGAGCAGAGGCAGCUGUUCUCACUAAAAACCAUUACAGAACAGCUCAGCUUUAUGUGUCCUGACGCAAGCCAUGAAUAAUGAAUUUUCUCUUUGUACAGCACCAUUGGUGUCACUGACAUUAUUUACUGAACUGCAACAAAAAUGAUUUUAGAAGAAACACAAUCACGAGAGAUGUUACACUAUGCUUUGGAUGCUUUAAAGUGAAUUAGAAUUUUAUUUGCCUGCCAAAAGUGAAUCAAAACAAGCUUCUGUUUUCAAGAGAUGAUGUGCUCCAAACAGUCUGGCCCCUGGUGUGUGUGUGUGUGUGUGUGUGUGUGUGUUUCAUUUGUUUUUCAAUGUUUGUUUUAACAUUUUUUUCAUUACUCACUUCACUGCAUACACAUUGUUCUCUUUAUGGAAUAAAAACAGCACCAUGUUCAUGCCA